AUGACUGCCGCCGAAGAUUCCAAAAAAAGUUUAGUUUACUUUGACAUUACCUGCAAUGGUAAACCAAAGGGAAGAAUAAUCUUCAAAUUGUACGACGAGGUAGUACCCAAAACUGCCAAAAACUUUAGGGAAUUGUGUACUGGAGAGCAUGGUGUUUCCAAGAUAUCAGGAAAACCUUUGACCUACAAGGAUUCAAUUUUCCACCGAGUAAUUAAGGACUUUAUGUGUCAAGGUGGAGAUUUCACCCAUGGCUCAGGUAUCGGCGGUGAAUCAAUUUAUGGCGAAAAAUUUGAGGACGAAAAUUUUGAAAAGCUCCAUGACAAGCCUUUCUUGUUAUCGAUGGCUAACUCUGGGCCUAAUACUAAUGGGUCACAAUUUUUCAUCACAACUGUCCCUACCCCUCACUUGAAUGGUAAACAUGUUGUAUUUGGUGAAGUUGUCCAAGGUAAGUCCAUUGUACGUCAAUUGGAAAGAAGCGAAAAGGACUCAGGAGAUAAACCUGUGGAUGAGUGGAAAAUUGCUGAUUGUGGUGCGUUGAGUGAGGAUUAUGUGUUGAACCCAGCUGAUCAGGAUGAUGGCACGGGUGAUUUUUACGAAGAAGUUUUGCACGACAAUGACGUAAAGAAUAUCGAUGUCAGCAAUCCUCAAUCAGUGUUCAAUGCCAUUUCCAGAGUCAAAGAUAUUGGUACCAAAUUGUUGAAGGAGGGUAAAUUGAACAAAGCGUAUGAAAAGUAUGCCAAAGCUGCAGGUUUUGCUACUGAUUAUUUCCCAGAGGAAUUGUCGGAGGCUGAUGUGUCAGAGUUAAACAAAUUGAAGAUUUCAUGUAGCUUGAACUUGGCACUUGUGGCAUUGAAAUUGAAAGAGGGGAAAAACGCUAUCAAAGCUGCAAAUGAAGCAUUGGAAAUUGAUACAAUUGACGACAAGUCUAAAGCCAAGGCUUUGUACAGGAAAGGUCUGGGGUACUUGCUAGCUAAAGAUGAAGAAUCUGCGCAAAAGUGUUUUGAAGAGGCGUUAAAGUUGGAGCCUACUGACGCUGCAAUUCAAAAAGGUCUUCAAGAUGUGAAGGCACAAAUCAAGGCUAGAAAGGAAAAGCAAAAAAGGGCAAUGUCAAAAUUCUUCAAAUAA